AUGCUAGUGAGCCCAGCAGCGGAGCUUAAGAUCUGCUCCAAAAGAAGACGUGCUUCCGUCACCGGGCUACUCUCAGGGAAGGUCAGCCUGCUCCCACCCCUGCCCGUCCAGGCCUGGACGAAGGAGGCAGCCACCCUGAUCGGCACUGUGGCCCUCGGUCCACCCAGGGCUAGACGUGAAAGUUUCAGAGAGGCACCUCAGUCCAGACACGUGGCCGGCCAGCCCUGCCUUCCCUUGGGCGUGCAGGAACCCCCACGAGCCCGGAGCAUGGGCCGCGUGCGUGUGACAGUGUGCCUGUGCAGCAGGUCCACGAGCUGGCGCACUCCUGGAGACAUGCGGCGUGGACGGACAGUCAAGGUCACUCUCCGGGCAGGUGUCCUUCCAGCCACACUCAGCCGGGGCCCACCCUGCAGCCUGCUGCAGCCUGGCACAGACGUGGGCGGCCACAUGGCGGCCACAGCUGGUGCAGGACGGGGCUGCGAGCCCGUGGCGGGGGAGGCCGGCUGCCCACCCCGUCUCAGGAAUGUUGGCCGCCUCCUCUGGCUGUGGAUCCAGCCUGGGAGGGGCCUGGGUGUCAGGAGCUGA